UAUCAUAUUUUUAUAGUAAAAGAGUGAUAAACAAAAUGUAAAAAGGAUUAAUAACAUUUUUUUUCACAUGUGCGCCAACGAAUUUUUUGCUUUCAAAAUUUCGCGAACCCGUUUUACUUAUAGAAUUUUUUUGAUUUAUAACUAAACCAAAUUAAUAAAUGUAAUCUGAAAGUUAUAAUUAUAAUAAUACUCUCAAAGGAACUUAAUUUAACAUUAAAUGAUGGCGUCUCGCGGUCGCUAUCAGCCCCAGGAGUGGGAGCGUGAGGAGUUUGAUAAUACAUUCGAUGCACAGUAUCUAGACGAGGAAACGCAAGGAGGUGUACAAUUGGAUCAUUGCAAACUAUACGUAACAAAUAUAUCCCGUGCUCUGAACGAGGAAGGUCUCACAACCGCCUUCUCCAAGUACGGCACUCUUGUUAAAGUACACGUCAGUCGAGAUCCAGCCAAGAGAUAUGCUCUGAUAACAUACGAAACACCCGGAGAGGCGAAACUGGCUAUGAUGAAGUUGAACAAGACUGAACCCCUGCGACUUAACAUUAACAUAGCUCAUAAGAAAAGUAAUCAAGAUUCAAGAGAAUCAAGGGAAGACACAAGGAAAAUGAAACCCAGGGAAUCUAACAGCUAUCGUGACGACGCGAGCGUCAGCAGCAAAGGGAGGAGAAAGCCUGAUGAGUUUACAAAUGGAAAUGUUAAUGAAUUGGACGACCCCAUGAAUGAUGAUGAUUUGGGCCUGGAUGAAGUGCUGGAUACGGAGCUGGAGCUGGAGCUGACGCAGCUGCGUUUCCAGCAGCUCAAGCUACAGCAAGCCCAGCUCCGCUGCAAGCAACAGAUGCUGCUGCUCAAUAAAGGGAAGAAGAGUGGGUCAAAAUCCAGUAGGUGUAUUCUGCCAGACGGAAGGAUUGUUGUUAGGAACACAAGUGACAAAUCCGACCAGCCUGACAAUACAUACAGUUCGGCUGCUGGUGAUUCGCUAACACUACCGUCGCUCCAGCGACUGUCGUCACGGACAUGCCUAUCGUGCGGCGGUGUAGCAGACUUGUACUGCGGGAACUGCGGCCUGGCGCCCUACUGCAGCCAGAGAUGCCAGCAAAGCGACUGGAACCGCAGGCAUAAACAUGUCUGUCAUAAUCUGGCGUGUUCUACUACCUCUGAGUUGAAAGUCAAAGAGACUGUUGAUGCUGGUGAACCUGACAGUACAUCAACUCCUGCCCCUCUCCGUCAGCCUCACUCGUCCAACAGGAGGGAUUAUAAGGCUGAUGUCAAUAAUAAAACCAAAAAGAAUUUCAACCAAAAGCAAACGAGGAACAACGGUAGCUUCCAGAAUAAAAACAUGAGACGUCCUGGUAGACGUGAUGAUAAUGAAGAAAGCCCAGAACGUGCAGGUGAUGCAGGAAACAAACGAGACGAAACAAUCAAUCACAUAUCCAACAAGUUAAAUACCAAACCGGAAACCAAGCAGGAAACCAAACCGAAACCAGAUGACAAACCAAGAGAUAAGGAACCGCCGAAACCUCCGGCCAGUUUACAAGAUGUCACCCCAAAGACCAGGACUAUCGUGCCUAAAGAAUAUCUGCUGGAUAAGUUAUCCUUGAACGAGACAGUGUUACUGUCAGUGGAAUCUGAGGCGGCCGGUGGGUUCAUAUGUCUGACUCUGCACGAAGCCAACGAACACGACUACCAACUGCUGUGUGGAGAGUUUGGAGAGGAGUGUGAGGGACGAGAGGCGGUGUUUCCGAGCGCGGGUGAUCUGUUCGCGUUGUAUUACUCGGAGGAACGCGCGUGGUACAGAGCUCGGCGCCUGUCAGGUGAUCGUGUCGCGCUAAUAGACUGCAGCAGGGUGGUAAAUGUGACCACCAACGACAGAAUGGUAGACUUACCACCGGAAUACCUUCAAGUACCGGAGUGCUGCUGUCAGCUUAACGCGAGAGGAGUACAGGUGGGCGAUAAUCUGAAGUGCACGUUGGUGUCGAAGACUAGUGACGGCUUCAAAGUAUCAUUACGGAAUGCGGAAACGGAUGCUGCUAUUGGGGAUGGGGAAGUGACCAGGUGGAGACCAGCCGUACAGUAUGAAGUCGAUAAAACGUCUGCAUCCAUACCGGAAGUGCCACGACCAUCCCUAUCAAAUAUGGCAGCCGUCUUCCUAGUGCAGAAUACAGGUCUUGAUAUGUUUGUUCGUCCCGCGGAAUCCAAGCUCCGAGGUGUCUUUGAGAGAAUUAUACAGGACGGAGUGGCUGCUGGGAUGAAAGCUCUGCCUCUAAAAGACCCGCCCCGAGCCGGUCAAACGGUGCUCUGCCAACACACGGACGGCCACUACUACCGCGGCCUCUGUAAGAGAACUAACUUCAAGAAGAACAAGUACAUGAUCGAGUUUAUAGAAUACGGCAACACCGUCAUCAGUGAGUUAGAGAAGCUGUCUCCGUGUCCUGAAGAGUUGGACGUAAAGAAUACACCGACACCGGUGGCACUCGUCAGACUAGAUAUGGAGACUGUUCUGAAUGAGAAGGGACAGCAGUACUUGGAGAAGAUAAGGGAUGAUGAAGUGGAGCUGGUAGUGAACUGUAAGGAUAAAUCUGUGGUCAUCCAAAGCGGUUCUGUAGUUGAGCUGGUCGAGAUGAAAACGAAGGAAUCUGUAACCAGAAAAUUGGAGAUGCUGUGCUCACCGGAGUGGAAGAAGAUUGAACAAAAUGGAGGGGAUGUUGUUGAUUGCGAGCCGUUAAUGUACAGUUCGCUUAAAUACUAUGACCUGCCGAGUGCCAAGUGCGAGUUGUGCGUUUUGGAUAUAAGUACAAUCCGCGGGGGGGCGCUGGGGGUGUGUGACGCCACCAUCGGUCACGAACAACGGCUAGAGGCUGUCACGGAACAGAUUGAAGCCUAUGUGAAGAGCGAUCUCGGUAAAGAUCCCUAUCUACCUAAGAUUGAGGAGCUCUGCCUGGCGCCUUGUCCACCAUAUCCUCAGUACUUCAGGGCGGUGUUGUGCAAUCAUACAGCCGGUUCCAGCGAGGCGACCGUCUGCUACGUGGACUACAACAACGUAGACACUGUCGAGGUCAAGGCGCUCAGGAAGAUGAUGAGGGAGUUCACGAACACGCCCGCACUGGCCUGCCACGCCGAGAUCAGAGGUUUUCCCGCCAACCCAUCCGACAGCCAGCUGGCGCGGGCGUUGCAGUACAUGAAGAUAGAUGACCAGGGCCGAGGGCAACUCACAGUGGAGAAGUGCGAGAAAGUCGAUCCCGGCUUCUAUAUAGUGGAAGCGCCGGGUCUACUGGCUGCCAUGAUGCAGUCAUAGUGAUGGGACAUUUUACAGUGAUUAGUGAUAGUGUUGAAUGUGAUGAUGUGAAAUAAGUGCUCGGUAGGGUGGGUAGCUUUCAUAGGGAUGUGUCAAGUUAGCAACUAAGAUAACAAUAUGGCGAUAAGUGCAAAGGUCAUGAGUGAUAUGUUAAAAAAUAUAAGCAAGGUGCUUGUGUUAUACGUUGUCGUUACUUCUGUGACAAAAAUUUAUAAACUCACUGAAGAGGUUUUAUUAAUGUAUGCCAACCUCCUUGUUUAUUCUUGAUGAGGCAUUUGAAAUACACUUGUAUAAGUAAAAAUAUCCUUCUAAUAUUAUAUAUGUCUCGACCGAGUUAUAUGUUAACUGGUUUCGUAUGCAAAGAUUCCAAAGUUAAUUUUUCCGCUCAGAAUUUCAUUGUUUAUAUAUUUUGUAGUAAGUUUUUUUUUGAACUUAUUGUGUGGGUUCAGUGAAAAAUUGUUAAUGUAUACUUUAUAUAUAUAUAUAUAUGUAUAGUAACUGACUGGAGGCGCCAUCUGUGUCCCUUAGCUUAUAGUAUGGGGCAUAGUGACUGACCAAUUCUUUUAUAAGUCCUUAGAUAUUUCCUACAUAACAAACAGAGGCAUUUACAUUUGUCCAGUGCUCAACUUAUCGCUUGAGUUGGCAAGUGACGGUACAAUCGCCGGUUUGUUGAACUCGUGCUAAGUCCCAUCCCUAGCAUGAAAGGUUCGGGGUUCAUAAUUUUACACGUCUUGGGCUUAUUUGGUUAAGAAUGACAUACAGCUAUGCUUUUAAGUCAUCACAUUAUGUGGCUUGGCUUACUUUGCUAUGGGGACUCCUAGCCAGACUUUCCGGCCACAUGACUGCUUUCAGAUAAUUAAUAUUUCCUUUAAUAGUUUUUCGUUGUUAUAUUUUCCUGAACUAUGUUUUGCGCAUACAUUUUAAAUGUAAACUGUGUUCGAUGACGAUUUUAUAAGGGUGUAACAUUUGUUAAGUAUGUAUGCAUUAGUUAUAUGCUAUACAUUUAGAUUGACAGAUCGUUUCCAGCAGCCUGUAAUGUUAUGUGGCUGUUGUUUUUUCUGUAUCUCGUUACACUUUGAGCGAUUAUUUGUCUAUGGUGCCUGUUUGUACUUUCUGGUAUCAGUACGUCUGUGGUAUGAUACCAUUAGUACUAUUUUGUAUUACCAAACCGAACACUGACUGUUUGUACGUUAAUACGUAUGGACGUGAAUUUUAUUAAUUCCAAAACGUUGAUACUUUCGGUGUUUGGUUGGCUUUGAACUUGUACUAAGGCGGAUUUCUUUCAUUUUACUUACAAUAGCAAGGUAGGUAUCCGUGGCUAUGUUCUUUGAUCAUUUUUUUCGACAACCUUUCAUAUAUAAUAAUGUAACCGAGAAUCAAACAUUCAAAGUUAAAUGUUAACUCGUUUGGUUAUUUGUUUGUUAAUUGAUUUUAAAUAAAUACAUUUUUGUA